AUGAGGGUCCUAGCCUGGAACUAUAGGGGGGCGGCCAAGCCGUCCUUCAUGUCUUCCUUCAAACGGUUAGUGCAAGUUCAUUGUCCGGAGAUCUGCUUCAUUAGCGAGACCCGGCUAUCUGGUGAGGGGCUUGUGCAUUUGAGACGGCGCUUGGGGAGGGACUGGGAGUCAUACACAUUCGAUUCCCGGGGGCUGUCGGGAGGUAUCCUGCUACUGUGGAGGCGAGGGGUGGCGACCUUUGAUGUAGUUAUGGUUGUCUCGGCACCGGAUGUUGCUCCGUGGGUUUUGUGUGGGGUGUACACGAGCACGGAUUAUAGGAUCAGAAGAGUCCUCUGGCAGGAGAUCACCAGCCUUACCGCCCAGGGUGUCCCGACAGUUGUAGUUGGCGACUUUAAUUGCAUAUUGAGUUUGGGUGACAAGAGGGGCGGGGCAGCUUUUAUGGAUAGAGCGGACAGGAGGGAGUUUCGCGAUUUUGUGUCGCGUACUGGCCUGGUAGACUUAGGGUUCUCUGGACCUCAGUUUACUUGGUGCAAUAAUCAGCUCGGCAAUGCUAGAGUUUCGGAGCGUCUAGAUAGGGCCUUUGCGUCCCCGGACUGGAUCCUCCGUUUUCCUACUUGCAGGGUUAGUCACUUACCUCGGAUCGCCUCAGACCACUGCCUCUUGCUGAUCCCGUUUUGA